GAACUUGGCCUGUGCUGUGCUGGUGGGUCGCCGGGCUGCCAUGGAGGUGCCUAAUGUCAAGGACUUCCAAUGGAAGCGCCUGGCGCCGCUGCCCAGCCGCCGCGUCUACUGCUCCCUGCUGGAGACCGGGGGACAGGUCUAUGCCAUCGGGGGAUGUGAUGACAGCGGAGUCCCCAUGGACUGCUUCGAGGUCUACGCCCCCGAGGCCGACCAGUGGACCGCCCUGCCCCCGCUGCCCACAGCCCGGGCCGGGGUGGCCGUCACCGCCCUGGGGAAGCGCAUUAUGGUGAUCGGGGGCGUGGGCACCAGUCAGCUGCCCCUGAAGGUCGUGGAGAUGUACAACAUCGACGAGGGCAAGUGGAAGAAGAGGAGCACGCUGCGGGAGGCCGCCAUGGGCAUUUCUGUCACGGCCAAAGAUUACCGAGUAUACGCGGCAGGCGGGAUGGGCCUGGACCUCCGGCCACACAACCACCUCCAACACUAUGACAUGCUCAAGGACAUGUGGGUGUCACUAGCACCCAUGCCAACCCCGAGAUAUGCUGCCACCUCCUUCCUCCGAGGCUCCAAGAUCUACGUGCUGGGGGGACGCCAGUCCAAGUAUGCAGUCAAUGCCUUCGAGGUCUUUGACAUCGAGACUCGCUCCUGGACCAAGUUUCCCAACGUCCCGUGUAAGCGAGCCUUCUCCAGCUUUGUGACCCUAGACAACCACUUGUACAGCUUGGGAGGUCUGCGGCAGGGUCGGCUCUACCGGCAGCCUAAGUUCCUUCGGACGAUGGACGUGUUUGACAUGGAACAGGGGGGAUGGCUGAAGAUGGAACGUUCAUUUUUCCUCAAGAAGCGGCGGGCAGACUUCGUGGCCGGCUCUCUGAGUGGACGGGUCAUAGUAGCUGGGGGCCUUGGGAACCAACCUACAGUCCUGGAAACGGCCGAAGCCUUCCAUCCGGGGAAGAACAAGUGGGAGGUCCUCCCGGCCAUGCCCACGCCCCGCUGUGCCUGCUCCAGCAUUGUCAUUAAGAACUGCCUCCUGGCCGUGGGGGGCGUCAACCAGGGUCUGAGCGAUGCUGUGGAGGCUCUGUGUGUCUCCGACUCUUAGCCGUCCGGGGCCUGCACCUUGGAUCUGAACUGUAUCACUCCACUCUGACACGAGGAACCAUCUCGGCAAAGCGGUUUGGGCUGCUUUCCAAGCUGCCAGCUCCCAGAGGAGGAGCCACUGUUGUCCUUUACCCAGCUCUGAACUAGACUGAAGGUCUCUUGGGAUUAAAAAUGGAGAAGGAUGGAGAGGAGGUGUCCUGAACUCCUUGUUUCUCCUUUGGACUGCAUUCCUCACCCAUCCGAUGGUCAACUGUGAGCCUGCCCUGGACCUCACGUGCUAAGCACGAAUCGGAACAGGAAGCCAGAGGCAGCUGCAUGGGGAAGGAAGACCGGGACUCACCCGGCCAGGCCAGGCCAGCAGCCUCGGCAGGAAAGACCUUCCUCUUGGGGUUCUUGCUGGCGUUGUUGAUGGGGAAGGAGCAGACUCAGCCCCGUGUCUGCUCCCCACAUCCCCCGUUUUGCCACCCCCUUCCCACCAGAGGCCCUGCCCUUUUGUUCCCAACGGCCCCCAGGGUGCACCUGUGAAACCUCCUUUACACUGUGGCAUCAGAAUCCACACACGAUGGAUUAAUUGCACUCUGGUUAAUAACAGCAGCACAAUAAUUAAACUCUACAUUCCUAUCUUCUCUGCUGCCUGCUACAGGAGUUGGGUGGAGAGGUGCCCUGAUGGAUAGAGAGGACCCCAUAAGCCGAUCCCUCUGGUGUUUUCAGGCUAUUUAAAUAGAGCCCUAAGUGCCUGUCUUGGCUGUUCCCAUUGAAGAGUUCCAUCUGUCCCACUCAGAAAAACAGCAGAUUUUCCUUGUCUUUGUACCAAGAUUCCAUGUCUGUGUUUGGCAAAGUUGUACUCAUUCAGUCUUCUUGAUCAGGUUCCUCCUCCUCCUGUCUGGCUUUACUUUAUUCAGCAAAAACUCUCUCAUUUUCCUUAUCCAACAUACAGAGGGAGCUGCUCACUGACUUUUUUAAAAGGCGGAAAAAAAAAAACCCUUCAAGAAUGUGCCUCCUUUAGCUCUUAACGGCAUCUUUGUGACUCCCAGUUAUUUUUAAAAAGCUGUGCCCAGCUCAGCUUGGGGUGAAGCUCAGUGGUAGAGCACUUGCCUCGCCUGCGUGAGGCCCUGGACUCCAUCCCCAGCCCCCAAACCGAAACCAUUCUAGCACUGGGAAAUGCAAAGAUUUGCACAAUGUCUGCCCUGAGGGCUGUGGCGGAGCCCGGCAGCGCCAGCCUGUGGUAGUAUAGUUAUCUCCCGAGGAGACAGAACAGAGGAUCGCCUGUCUGAAUCUGAGGGGUCAGAGAGAGCCUCCUGAACAAGGGGUCAACCUCAGCUGCGUUCUCAAGGUUUAGUGGAACCUGAUUCUUGAAGGAGUAGGGACUUUUAUUCUCCUUUUUUCCUGGGACGUGGACUUUUUCCUUCCUUGGGUCCCAGGGGAUGCCGGCACCUGCUGGCCCCACAUUUCCUUUGCAUCAGAGUGAGCAGACUCGCUGUGGCCACUGGUACCCCCUAGUGAGCGGACUGCAGACAGGCUGCCGGCAUUGUUUUUACCUCCUCUAUUUCCUCUGAACUGUUACAAAAAGGAGCUGGAGGAGCUGUGGGUGUUAUAACCGAGGGGACCGCACCCUGGAGGAAGCUGCCACAGAGGCUGUCCGGGGUACAGUCACCCCUGUUCCCCUUCCAUUUCUGCCCCACCCCCUAGCCCUCUCAGCCCCCUACCCAAGAAAGCUGUUUAAAAAGAGUGGUACCUUCACCCUUUGCCGGAGGAGGCCAAGCCUUAUGGGGGCAUGUCUCCAAGUGCACAAAAUGGCCCUGUAACCGUGGAUGGAACUGAAGUAUUUUAAAAUAGCUGGAACCUUAUGGAUACAGCCAA